CAAACAUGGCAACCGAUCAUAGUUUAUCUAUGGUCACAAAUUCAUGUAUUAAACAGCCCGUUAAUCCAGAUACUGGAUUAAGAACAUCGUUACACGAAAGGACAUUAUCUGGGGAACGUGUAGGAUCCAGAAAUGUGGAAACCUGGGUCCAAAAUGACAGCGAAAAUCGUCGCCGACAAAAAUCUAAAUCCAAAGAUAAGCAAGAAAAAUUCAACAUGCAUAUUGAGACACAAGAUCAAAUGAUUCAAGACAUCGCGACAGAACUUGGUGAUCUUGACGAUGAUAAUUUUUACGAAAGAUUGGUCCAACUCAAAAAUGACCAUAAAAAGACAUUGAGUCUCUGCGAGGAAUUGUACAAUGAAAAGGUAAAUGGACAUCAUAACGACUCAAAUGAAGAAAAUUAUGACCCAACCUAUUCGACAACAUCAUUUGAUCGGCAUUUAAGUGGAAGCUUAAAUCAUGGUGUGAGGGAUAGUGUACGAGAUAUGUCUGCAUCAAAACCACCACGUCCACCAUCCGCUCACAGCCGGCCAAAAUCAAGAUCAGGUGUACGCUCAUCUAAAGAGGCGUGGCUGAAUAGCAGUCAAGAAUAUGAUUCCGGAAGUGACAUACCACUUCACGAAUCUUUCAGAUCUGAACAGAGUUAUUUGAGUGAUCGUUAUGUUCCAUCGGCCAUGGCUCGCAUAGAUGAUAUGUGGGAAAAUUUUUCAGUUGAAGAUUAUGCUCCAAGAGAAAGACAGGCAAAGCCUAAGCAGAGAAGGAAUUCAGUAACCUCCUCUACAUCAUCAACACAUUCUAGAAGAAAAGAGGAUGCUGGUCGUGAAUCAUUGACAGACACUUCAAGAUGGCGACACAGAAUCACAAUUCCAGAGCCAUUUAAGAUGACUGUAAGAGAUGUUCAGAAAUCCAAAUCUAAAAGUAAAUCUGUCCAGGAAUUUGAAAAGGAACGUGAAGAGAAGGAGAGACUUGAAGAAGAAGAAUGCCAAAAGAAAUUCAAAGCACAGCCUGUACCAGCUAAUGUGUAUGUACCAAUGUAUGAUGAGCUUCAAGAAAAACAAGAAUCAAGACGUCAGUUUAUCCGAGAAAUGAGUCAAGAAAUUCUUCUUUCUACGCAAAAACCUUUCAAAUUCAGUAAACGGGAAGAUGACAAAAAGAGGAUACGACAACGCACAAGCUCUGCCCCAUAUGCAAUCCAGGACACCAACAAAAAAACUUCAAAAGAGUUCAAAGCAAAACCAGCCCCCAGUGCAAUUCUUGACGAUUCUAUCACCGAACGGAUUCAAGAGGAAGAGGAGUAUAGAAAAAUCCGCGUAAAAAUGAGGGCGGAAGAGAUGCUUCGUGCAUCUAAAUUACCACCAAAUAUGGAAGCAAGAUCAAAAGAAAUCACAGUUGGGAAAUUGAGAAAGAAACUUUAUGCUGAGCGUGCUAAAAAGGCUCAUAUGACAACUGAGCAUAAAUUCCGUCCAAAAAUCAAUCCCGAUAUCCCUGAUUUUGAGGAACAACAUAGACGAAUGCAAUAUGACAUUGCAUAUCAAAAACAGCAGAAGGAAGCAACAGUCUGUAAACCAUUUAAACUCAGGACUUCUCAAAUUCCGUCCAAAAAGGACAAAAUUUAUGAGGAUAUGAUGCGUGAUGAAGAAACACUACGGGAAAAUAGAUGGCCAUACCAGAACCCCAGGGCUCGGCCAUCAACAUCACAAGAAUGGAGCCCUGCAUCCAUGAUGAGUACUUCCCUAGAUUCCAUACCUGCCAAAUUUACACACACGGCUGAGUUACGAGCUAGCCAUAGCAAGGGGAUUCUAAAAAAGACAGUAGAUAAAGAAAUUGAAGAAUUGGAACGGGAAAGAAAACGACGCCAUAAAGAGGCUAAGUUGCGACGACAAGUGGCAGAAAAAGCAAUUGCAAAUGACACAACUGUCCCCCGUAAACAGCAAUCUAAGGAAAAACUUAGAGCUUUCAGGGAGGCAGAGAGAGCAAGGCAGGAGGAAUACAGACAACAGUUGAAUGAGAUGAAAGAAAGAGUGGACUCGCAACCCCUGCUGUUUGAGAGACAAUCCCAAGUGAAUGCCCGUAAAGUUGCUGAGAGAAAGUACCAGGAAACCCUGCUGAAUGCUGGGAUUGAUGAGGAUUUUAUUCGCAGGAAAGGAUCAGGUGUUGAUAGCGCUGAUUUCCCUCUUAGUGAUGAUGAUGCAGAUAAUGCCUCUGACAAAGAGCAGUCAUACACUGCUAAUUAUGAUGAUGACUAUGAUGACGGACUUUCUGAGAAUGAUAAAACACCACGACCAGGAGAAAUUGAUGAUUACACGGAUGAAAGCGACGGUUAGAAUAUAAGUGAAGCUCAUACAGUUGAUUCUCUUGUGAGAUUAAUGACUGGACACAUAAAAGUAAUGAUUGGUCCAGUUAGAAAAAAAAUUGUGAGGAUAUAUUUUUCCGAUGCUUUCUUAUAUUUGUAAGCUUGGCAGUUAUUAGACAUGGUAUUUCAAUCUUUACUCUGAGUUAGCAUAGCUGAGCUAGCAAAGUUGACAUCACAUCUUGUUGCAUAGGGAAUGCGUGCAUGGUAUAACUGUCUAAGGAAAUUCUUGCUAUCUUUUUGUGGUUUUCUUGCUCUUUCUGUGUCAUUGAUGAUAAAGAGAGACGAGCGUAAAUAGAUUCAAAUUGCACUGAAUGUGAUGUAUACCCUAUCAGCCAACAAAGAAUUAAAAAUGGCAAAUACCGAUAUAUGAUUGGCAUCAUUCCAGGAAAUGAAUAGCAUGUCACAGUGACCUUCAUGGAAUUAUUUC